AUGUUUGCGAAAACUUUUAUAUUCUCAUCAAUGCUUUUGGCUGCAGCCACAACUUUAACUUCAGCCUCUUAUUCCAUCAGUUAUCCUGGAUCUGGCGUUGUUUGGAAAAAGGGUGACAAGGUUCAAGUCAAGUGGUCUGCAAGUGGUCAAGUCGAAAAACUAAUCGAUAUUCGUCUCGUUCAUGGAAAUGCUGAGAAUUUAUUGUUCAACUUCAAUUUAUGUACCAACGUGAAUCCUUGGGAUGGCCAAUGUGAUUAUGUCGUUGGCUCCGAUAUUCCUUCGGGAAUUGAUUAUGCAGUGACUGCUGGAAAGGAACCACAAAAUUACGGAUAUUCGAGUUAUUUUACAAUUCAAGCUAAUGGCCCGCUUCCCGAAAAUAAAGGCUGCCCAAAUAUGGGUGGUAAACUUUGCCCUAAAACUUUGCCUUGCUGCAGUUCCUCUGGAUUUUGCGGAGAUUCGGUAGCUCAUUGUGGCACAGGAUGUGUCCCUAAAUUCAGUUUCAAUGGUCAGUGUGUAAUCCCCGGCUCUCAGUCAACAGUAAUUACACCGGUAGCAAAAGUCGGAACAAAGACAUCUCCCGUCGUAAUCACUUCAAGUAAAUCUAAAAAAUGUGGCACCAAAGUUUGCACAAAAUCUCUUCCUUGCUGCAGUGCUUCUAAGAAAUGUGGUAAAUCCUGUGGCAAAGGAUGCAAACCAGAAUUAAGUUUUGCUGGAAAAUGCGCUCGUUCAUAA